AUGUACGCGACGUCCACCCUCACCGCCCGUAACUCCGCGUUCGCGACGAACGCGCUCGGCCAGCAGAAGUCGAGCUCGGUGACGUCCCGAGGACGCCGCACGACGCUCGAAAUCGUGGCCAAGAAGAAGUGGGAGAAGCAGGCGCUCACGCCGCGAGGCCUCCCCGUGCGCAUCCCUAUGCACGUGAAGACGGGUGAUAAGGUGCUUGUGAUCUCCGGCGCGGACAAGGGUAAGGUGACGGAGGUCGUUGAGGUGUUCACGAAGACUGGCGAGGUGUUGUGCAAGGAUGUCAACGUGAAGACAAAGCACAUCAAGCCCCGAGGCGAGGGCGAAACCGGUUCCAUCAUUCAGCGUGAGUUCCCGGUGCACCACAGCAACGUUCAGCACUACAGCGAGGCGCAAAAGGUGCGGUCGCGCGUCGGCACGGCGGUUGUCGACGGGAAGAAGGUUCGCAAGUUGGUCAAGACGGGUGAGGUUUUGGCGAACUAG